AGGUUUCUGAAAGGUUGGAGGUGGCAGGACUGGUUUGCUGGCCAGCGGAGGAGGUGGCUUGACAGUCUUGGGAGGAACGUAGCUGCUCUGAGACCUCGCGGCGGGCGGCUGGAUGGCUGGUUUUGUUGGCAGCAGAGGCUUUGCCGGUGCAGACGGCUGUGGAGGCUUAGGUCGCGAUGGAGCUGGGGGUUUAGUCGGAGCUGUCGGAGGUCGGUAGGCGGGGGGUGGGGCCGGUGCAACCCGUCUGACAGGUGCCUGGGAGAAAGAUGCUGGUGCCGGAGUGGCUGCCGUCGGAGGACGACGGGGCGGAGCUCGUCUCGCCGGCGGUGA